AUGGCCACAAAGCCUCUUAUCCUUGCCAUCUACAUCGUCACCUUCCUGACUGGCCUCCCUUCCAACCUGCUGGCUGGCUACGCCUUCCUGAGGAAAGUGCGCCAGAAGGCAACCCCCAUGGAUGUCUUCUUGCUCAACUUGACCAUCUCUGAUCUUAUCCUUCUGCUGAUUUUGCCUUUCAAGAUGGCAGAGGCCUCUUCAGAUGUCCCCUGGCCUCUCCCUGCCUUCCUUUGCCCCCUCACCAACUUCUGUUUCUUCAGCAGCAUUUACAGCAGCACUCUCUUCCUUACAGGGGUCAGCAUAGAGCGCUACCUGUGCAUCGCCUACCCCAUCAAGUUCAAGUCGGAACGUAGACCGACCUAUGUAAUAGUGGCCAGUCUCUUCUUCUGGUUUCUGGCUUGUUUCCACUGCACCAUCAUCUACACUGUUCAAUACCACCCCGAGUCCCAACCCAUGUCUCACAACUCUAUGUGUUAUGAGUCAUUCUCCAAUGGCCAGCUUAAAAUCCUCCUCCCUGUCCGACUGCAACUCUGCAUUCUCCUCUUCUUCCUCCCUUUCAUCAUCACCCUUUUCUGCUACAUUAGGAUCAUUUGCAUCCUGACCUCCUUGCCCCACAUCAAACCCCAGAGGAAGAAACGGGCCGUGGGCCUGGCAGUGGCCACUCUGCUCAAUUUUGCUGUUUGCUUUGGGCCCUUUAACAUCUCUCACCUUGUGGGCUACAUUCAGUUCUGGAGCCCUGAAUGGAGGGUGUAUGGCUUCCUCCUCAGCUCUUUCAACAGCACUUUGGACCCUGUCAUCUUCUACUUCUCCUCCACUGCCAUCCAACAAACCUUUGCUCACUGCUGGCAGGCAAUGCACUGCAAGCUGCUGACUGUUGCAUCCCAGUGGUCUUUGCCUUGCUGCAGGACUGCUGGAGAACCCGACAAAGAAGCAGGAGCAGGUGGUAUAUCGACAUCUGGUGAACUGGCAGGGGCUGCCAUCCCUACGGAAGCCUCCUUUGUCCAAACUGCAAGGGUCUGUGAGAUCAGAGCCUUGAGCCCCCAGCAAGUACAAGUGCUUCGCGCAGGACUACGAGGCUACACAGAAGCCAUCCUACAUUGCCCAGAGCUGCAAGAGUAUAAAGAACAGAACGGCGCAGAUACAAAUCUUCCAGAUGGAUCAGAUCUUUCCUAA